AUGGGCCUUGACGAGUUUGGGGUUACGAAGGCUUCACACUUGGAGAAUUUUGAGAGAAAUUUCCAGAAAGUGAGAAGGAGAAAAGAGAUUUCAGGCGAGAUUUUGGUGGUGGUGCUUGUGGCCAAAGUGAUUUCCGGCGUCAUUCGGUGGUGGUGCAAACAAGAAAGUCCUGACCCCCCUGCCUUAGGUGGGGAUGAUAUUGAGAGUGAAAAGCCCAGUGAAUAUGUUUGUUCUGAAGGGGAGAGUUCCCAGACAGAGGGUCUGGUAGAAGAUAUCAUAGAAAGUAGGAUGGUAGUUCAUGAUGGUGAGAUAGGUGAGCCAUCAAUAGAUUCUCUGAAGGCUGAGUACAGAUAG